GUGGAGUAAGCAGGAUUUGGGGUUCCCCAGGACCUGUGACUCCCACACCCUGAAUGCCCAACCCAAAUACACCCCGCCCCCAGGGCCUCGGCCCUGGCCAACGCAGGAGAGGCUGCGUCUUCACGCCACCUCAAGCUCCCCCAUCGGCGCCUCUGUCAGUGAGGGCCCCACCCCUGUCUGGUGGCCUGUGCGUGGCCUGCGGCCUCUGGUGCUGGUACUAGCACUGCUCACCGCUCGCACUGGGCCCAAACCGGUCCACCCAGCUGAGGGAAGGAGCAGACGCCUGCCUGCCCUGGCAGCCAUGAGGCCCCCGUGGUGUCCCCUGCACACGCCCUCCCUGGCUUCCCCGCUCCUUCUCCUCCUCUUCCUCCUGGGAAGAAGGGCAGAGGCUGAGGGCCCAGAGGACCGAGAGCUGCUGGUGACGGUGCGUGGGGGCUGGCUGCGGGGCAUCCGUCUAAUGGCCCCUGGGGGGCCUGUCUCUGCCUUUCUGGGCAUCCCCUUCGCAGAGCCACCUGUAGGCCCCCGUCGCUUUCUGCCACCAGAGCCAAAGCGGCCCUGGUCAGGGGUGCUGGAUGCCACAGCCUUCCAAAGUGUCUGCUACCAAUAUGUGGACACCUUGUACCCGGGCUUUGAGGGCACCGAGAUGUGGAACCCCAACCGUGAGCUCAGUGAGGACUGCCUCUACCUCAACGUGUGGACACCGUACCCUCGGCCUGUGUCCCCCACCCCUGUCCUCAUCUGGAUCUACGGGGGUGGCUUCUACAGCGGGGCCUCCUCUCUGGACGUGUACGAUGGCCGCUUCCUGGCCCAGGCCGAGGGCACAGUGCUGGUGUCCAUGAACUACCGGGUGGGAGCCUUCGGCUUCUUGGCCCUGCCAGGGAGUCGGGAGGCCCCAGGCAAUGUGGGUCUACUGGAUCAGAGGCUGGCACUGCAGUGGGUGCAGGAGAAUGUGGUAGCCUUCGGCGGGGACCCAACUUCAGUGACUCUGUUUGGGGAAAGUGCAGGUGCCGCCUCCGUGGGCAUGCACCUGCUGUCCCCACCCAGCCGGGGACUGUUCCACAGGGCUGUGCUGCAGAGCGGUGCACCCAAUGGGCCCUGGGCCACCGUGGGUGUGGGAGAGGCCCGCCGCAGGGCCACACUGCUGGCCCGCCUCGUGGGCUGUCCCCCGGGUGGGGCUGGUGGCAAUGACACAGAGCUGGUGGCCUGCCUGCGGACACGGCCAGCUCAGGAUCUGGUGGACCACGAAUGGCACUUGCUGCCUCAGGAAAGCGUCUUCCGCUUCUCCUUCGUGCCUGUGGUGGACGGAGACUUCCUCAGCGACACGCCCGAGGCCCUCAUCAAUGCUGGAGACUUCCAUGGCCUGCAGGUGCUGGUGGGUGUGGUGAAGGAUGAGGGCUCCUAUUUUCUGGUUUAUGGGGCCCCAGGCUUCAGCAAAGACAACGAAUCUCUCAUCAGCCGGGCCCAGUUCCUGGCCGGGGUGCGGGUCGGGGUCCCCCAGGCAAGUGACCUGGCUGCCGAGGCUGUGGUCCUGCAUUACACAGACUGGCUGCACCCUGAGGACCCGGCGCGCUUGAGGGAGGCCAUGAGUGAUGUGGUGGGCGACCACAACGUGGUGUGCCCCGUGGCCCAGCUGGCUGGGCGACUGGCCGCCCAGGGUGCUCGAGUCUAUGCCUACAUCUUUGAACACCGUGCAUCCACACUCUCCUGGCCCCUCUGGAUGGGGGUGCCCCAUGGCUACGAGAUUGAGUUCAUCUUCGGGCUCCCCCUGAAGCCAUCGCUGAACUACACCGACGAGGAGAGAACCUUUGCCCAGCGACUGAUGAGAUACUGGGCCAACUUCGCCCGCACAGGGGACCCCAAUGACCCUCGGGACCACAAAGCCCCGCAGUGGCCACCGUACACGGCGGGAGCCCAGCAGUACGUGAGCCUGAACCUGCGGCCGCUGGAGGUGCGGCGAGGGCUGCGCGCCCAGGCCUGCGCCUUCUGGAACCGCUUCCUACCCAAAUUGCUCAGCGCCACCGCCUCGGAGGCCCCCUGCACCUGCUCAGGCCUCGCCCACGGGGAGGCUGUCCCGAGGCCCAGGCCCGGCCUCCCCCUACCCCUCCUCCUCUUCUUCCUCCUCCUCUCCCGGUUCCUGCGGCUGUGACCACGGCCUCUUCCCUCUCCGGCCUCAGGGGGCCCCUCCUCUAAUGAGUGGUCGGACCGUGGGGAAGGGCCCCACUCAGGGAUCUCCGACCCAGCGCCCCCUCGCUCCUCAAACCGAGAAACUCAAACUGGACAGGGCGGGGGUGGAGGGUGGGGAAGGACACCUACGACCCAUCUCAGGGACCCACACGCCUUUGUUGUUUAAAUGGAAACGAAAAAGCCUAUUUUCUUUUUCUACAAAAUUAUUCUUUGGAGCCUGAGCUUGGUGUUGCGGGGAGAGGGAGGCCCUGGGGCUAGAUAGCACCCCACCGUGGGGCUAUAACCGCCAACCAUUUCUGUCUCUUCUCUUUUUCCCACCAACCCACGGAUCCUCCCCUCUCUGAUCCCGUCUGUCCCCCUGUUUUCCGGUCAUUUUCUCCCCCUCCCUCCUUCUUCCCGCCAUCCUUGUCUGGCCCCGCCUCUACCCUUGUCCUCCCUCUGAUCUUGUCUUUCGCAUAUUCUCCUGAUCCUCUUUCCACCAUCCCACGUGGCCUCCUACAUUCUCUGUGUGUCCUCCCUGAAUUCCCUCCCACCCCGCAUGUCCGUUCCCGUCCUUCCCCGUGUCCUACCCCCACCCACUUGCCGGGCACCCUGGCCGCAGACACUCUGGACGAGGCGGAACGCCAAUGGAAGGCCGAGUUCCACCGCUGGAGCUCCUACAUGGUGCACUGGAAGAACCAGUUUGACCAUUACAGCAAGCAGGAUCGCUGCUCAGACCUGUGACCCAGGCGGGACCCCCACGACCCCCUGCCCUGCCCGCCAGCCCCCCAGCUGUAUAUACUAUUUAUUUAAGGGCUGGGAUAUAACAGGAUCCCUAGACCUUGCCCGCCCUCUCACCCUGACUUUCCACCAGGGCUCCCUGCCCUCUGCAUGUCUCGGGCCGAGCCCCCUCCCCCGCGGUGCCUUCGCCCCUCUGGGCUGCCAAUAAACUGUUACAGCCA